AUUUAUCAAUUACUAUUCAAUUGACUUAAUAAACCAUAUAGAUAGUGUAGAUCUAAUAUACUAAUGACUAUUAUAAUUGCCUCAUUGUUUUUACCAUAUACGGUCCAGUUUGAGAUCGGACCUCAGCCCGAAUAUGAAGAUGAUAAGCAACCAACAACCAAUACCAGUACUAAUACCAAUACUACUACGAAUACUAAUACCUAUACCAAUACAAAUACAAAUACUAAACCAAUAAUUAACAUUUCUAAUACUGCCCCUAUAUCAAUUGCAUCUCAAAGUUCUCUCUUACCAACUUUAAGUCGGGCCAAUUCUUAUACACAAUCUCAUUCUCAUCAACAUACUCCUAUUUCAAGUUCUCCUAGAACUCAACUUGAAGUAAUUCCUUCAAGUACCAAAUUAUCAGAAAAUGCCGAAGAUUUCUUUUAUGGAACUCGAAAUAAACUUAAGAGAGCUUCAUCUGAUCAAUUAACUGAAAAUUUGAAUGAAAAGCUUCAACCUCAUUAUAUUCAACCAAAAUCAAGAUAUAGUAAUAUAAAAGUCCCAAGUUCAAUUAUAGAUCCAAAAAAAGAUAAUGAUGAUAUAGGUUUACCAUCAUUAAAAAUAAAUAGAUCAUCAAGUAAUUUAUCUGCUAUGAGUGGAUCACCAGCUGGAGUAUCAACUCCUGGAUCACUUAGAGCAAGAGCAUCAAUAAAUCGUCAAUUAUAUGGUUUAACAUUACAUAGUAAUAAUAGUGCUGGAAGUAUAAUAAUUACUGAAGAAUAUGAUGAUCCUAAACGAGAUUGGGAAGAAAAAGAUUUUAAUGAUAUGAUUUAUGGAAGAUCAGAAACUAAAUUAGCUCCAUUUGGAGGAUUUUCAAAUCCUGAUGUAGCAGGAUUCUUUAAUCAAAAUAAUAUAUUUGAAUCAGCUCCUUGGAAUAUUCAAUUUGCUGAUAAGGGGAAUAUUUCAUUAACUAAAGCAAUUAAAUUAUCUCAAGAAACUGGUGAUAUAGAUAAAGUCACUUGGAUUGGAACAAUUUCUAUGCCCAGUGAUGAAGUUCCUAAACAAGUUAUUGAAAAUAUAGCAGAUUCACUUUCAAAAGAUUAUCAUUGUGAAGCUGUUUUCCCAAAUGAUAUAACAUUUCAAGGUCAUUAUAAAUCCUUUUGUAAACAAAUCUUAUGGCCAACAUUUCAUUAUCAAAUUCCUGAUAAUCCUAAAUCCAAAGCAUUUGAAGAUCAUUCUUGGGGUCAUUAUAAAUUAUUAAAUCAAUUGGUGGCAGAUAAAAUUGUACAAGUAUAUCAACGAGAAAAUAUAAAUCUUGAUCCAAAUGAUCCAGAAAAUAUGAUUUGGAUUCAUGAUUAUCAUUUAUUAUUAGUACCACUUAUGGUUCGAGAAAAACUUCCUGAUGCUAAAAUUGGAUUAUUUCUUCAUAUAUCAUUUCCAUCAUCUGAAGUAUUUCGAUGUUUUGCUCAAAGAUUAGAAAUUCUUCAAGGUAUGUUAGGAGCUAAUUGUAUAUCAUUUCAAACUGAAGAAUAUGUUAGACAUUUUCUUCAAACUUGUAAUAGAUUAUUACUUGCAGAUACUAAUGAAUAUGGGAUUUCUUAUGAAGGUAAUUUAACUAUGGUUAAUACAACACCUGUUGGUAUAGAUGCUCAUUCAUUAAGUAAAAUAGUUCAAAGUGAUGAAGUAACUGAAUGGAGACAACUUAUACGGGAAAGAUGGGGUAAUCAACAUUUAAUUGUUAGUAGAGAUAAAUUAGAUAGAUUAAGAGGAAUUAAACAAAAAUUAUUAGCAUAUGAAACAUUUUUAGUUAAUAAUCCAGAAUAUAUUGAUACAACAGUAUUAAUUGAAGUAUGUAUUGGAUCAGCUCAUGAUCCCGAUUAUGAAUCAGAAAUUACUCAAAUUGUUAGUAGAAUUAAUUCAUUACCUGAUAAUAUAUCAGUAUCUCAACCAGUUGUUUUAUUACAAAGAGAUAUAGAAUUUGAACAAUAUGUUGCAUUACUUUGUGAAGCUGAUUUAUUUAUUGUAUCAUCAAUGAGAGAAGGUUUAAAUCUUACUUGUCAUGAAUUUAUUACUGCAACAAAUGAAAAGAAAUCUCCUUUAGUAUUAUCGGAAUUUACUGGUUCAGCUCAAUUACUUUAUUGUCGUGGUAAUGGAGCAUUAUUAAUAAAUCCUUGGGAUUCAAAGAAAUUCUCAGAAAUUUUUAAACAACUGUUAACUAUGUCACCUAAGGAAAAAUUAACAAGAUGGAAGAAUUGUUAUGAUUUUGUUGUAACUAAUGAUUCUAAUCAUUGGGUAUCUUAUUGUUUAGAAAGUAUUAAUGAAGCUUGGGAAAGAGAUCAAAAGAAAAAUUCUAAUACUUUAGCUCCAUUUAGUAAUACAUUAUUUAAAUUAUUUUAUAAACAUGGAUUAAAGGGGAAAAGAUUAUUCUUUAUUAAUUUUGAAACUCCAUUUGAAUUAUCAAAAGUUGGUGGUUUAAAUUCUGCUUCUGCUGGUAAACAUUCCUAUUCUGAACCACUUCGAGUUUCAAAAUUAUUAAGUAAUUUAUUAGAAGAUCCUCAUAAUUUUGUAUAUAUUAUAAGUUUUCAAAGAAGAAGAGAUUUAGAUAAUAUUUAUGGAAGAUUUCCAAAUAUGGGUAUAAUUGCAGAAAAUGGUGGUUAUAUAAAACUUAUUGGAUCAAAUAAAUGGAUUCCAACUUUUAAUGAAAGUGAAUUAAAAACUUGGUUACCUCAAGUAGUUCAAUUAGUUCAAACUAAAGUUGAAAGAUUACCUGGAUCAUUUGCAACUAUUGGUGAUAGUACAAUUAUAUUUCAUGCCGGUAAAUCAUUUUUAGAAGAUUAUGAAAGAAGUAUUGAUGCAAUGGGAGAUUUUAUUCAACAUGUAAAUGAAGUAUUUGAAAAUACUGGACAAGAAGGAGUUCAUGCUACAUUAGUUCGAGAUUCAGUAGUUGUUCAAGAAACUCAAUUAUCACUUCGAGCUUUAAAAUUUAUAAUAUCAUAUUAUAAUCAAAAUAAAUCUCCUGAUGAAUUUGAAGAUGUUUUACAAGAGUAUAGACUGAAAAUUCAAGUAUAUUCUCCAGGUACUGAACCUACAUCUCCAAUUCAAAGUCGAGUAGGAUUAGAUAAUUUACCUCAAUUAAUAUCUCCAGGAGAUAAAAGAGAACAUCAUGGAGUUGGAAGUAUAUUCUUUAGUGGAGGUUGUACACCAGUAGAUGAACCAAUUUAUGAAUAUGUUAAUUUAUUGAAGGAAUCAGGUAAAAUAGAUAAUGUAGCCACCGUAACUGCAUUGGGAGUUGAUUCAGAUAUUAGAACUGCAGCAAACUACAGUGUUAGAGGUAAGAAUCAAUUACUUGGUAUAUUAUCAUUAACCAGUUAGUAAAUAUAUAUACAUAUACGUAUAUACAUAUAUAUAUAUAUAUAUAUAUAUA